CUCCCAUCCGCAAAAACACACCGAGCAUGGAUUUCCCGCACCAUUGUUUCACGACAUUCAACGUAACCAAGCGGUCAUUCCGGGCCACUAUUUUCCCUCAUCUCGAAAUCAAAUUCAACCUUUUCUUCCGCAACGAGUAUUACCACUAUGUUAUAAACCAAGAUUCCAGACUUCAAUGCCUGCCUUCCUCGGACAACAGCACCGCCGCGCACGUCAUCAUCGUUCGAGGACAAUUGCGGUACGAAGAUGUGCGAGAGGCGUUAGGAAACGCCAUCGGCGGCCGUCUCCAUGAAAACGAAUGCCGCCGUGCGAUUAUGCUCGCGUGGGAGGAGGUGCGGAAGGCUUUCAUCACCCUACCGAAGCACACCGUUUUUGAUCUCGAUUUGAAGAUAUGGACCACACACGUGUACCUUUAUGUCGUCUAUCCUCGCAUGUCGUUGCCGCUGUUGGAGAAGUGCGACGAGGAGGGGUGUUGCUGCAUCUGCUUGGAGGAGCUUGGCGGCGUGGCGCUGAGGAGAAUGCCGUGUUCGCAUGUGUUUCAUGGCGGGUGUAUUAAGGAAUGGCUGCGGAAGAGUCGUUAUUGCCCGCUUUGCCGCUACCAGAUGCCUGCCAAUUAG